AUUUUUCUUUCAUUGUGGCUGGGUGUUUUCGUUCGUUGCUUCAGUAAAAUAUAGUAAGCGGGGUUGCCGUAUAGUUGAACAAUUUUAUUGAAGGCGUUGUUAUUAAUCAAAUUAUCCUUGAAAUCUACUACAUGGUGGUUUAGUGUCUGUGCAUAUUGAAUUUUUCACAAGUUAUCUUGUUUUUUUAUGUGAACAGUUCUUGAAUUCAGUCAAGCUGUGGGGAGCAGGAGCAUUUUUCUUACCCCCUCAGGGGAUGUACUAUCCGCACAUGGUUCAGGCAGGCAUGGCUCCCCAAUUUGGAGCUGCAGGACCAGCGGCGUUCCCGACACAGAACGGGGAGGUGAAAGCUGAACCGGACAAAACCUCAGUAGCUCUGCUACCUCAGCCUACGGGGGCAGCGGCGGCGGGUGCGGGUCCACCCUUCACGCCGUCACCCCCUCAAGCUAACCUCACAACCGAUCAACCUCAAGUAACUUUAGGCCAAAGUCCAGUUGUAACGCAAAACCAACAGAAUUUCAAAUGUGAAAAUCAACAGACGACGACAGAUAGUGAGAACCAGACAGCGACAGGGAUACCAACGUCGGAUGGAACGGAAAACACAACCAACGGAGUGGCAGUGGGUACAGAUCCUUCAAAGAAUCAACCGAAAAGGCUGCACGUUUCUAACAUUCCCUUUCGUUUUAGAGACCCGGAUCUACGGGCGAUGUUUGGGCAAUUUGGUCCAAUUUUGGAUGUAGAAAUUAUAUUCAAUGAAAGAGGAUCUAAGGGGUUCGGUUUUGUAACAUUCGCAAAUAGUGCUGAUGCGGAGCGCGCACGAGACCGACUUCAUGGCACCGUGGUUGAGGGAAGAAAAAUAGAGGUAAAUAAUGCAACAGCAAGGGUACAGACGAAAAAACCACCAACGCUUCCAUCAGUACCCGUGAUGCAGUGGGCUGAUGCGGCAACCCUGCGGGCAGGUGUAGCUGCUAUCCAAAGAGGGCGUGCCAGGGCAGCUUACCCCGCUGCUGCAGCAGCAGCGGCGGCGGCAGCCUUCGGUAGGCACCCUGCACCACUGGCGGGUACCCUACACGGGUAUGCGCCUGUCCUGAAUACGUUACCUGUGGAUGGAAAUGUUUAUUAUGAUCCAUUCUUAGCAGCGCAUGCGGCGGAUCCCAACUACAGGUUGCAGGCUGCCGCUGCUGCUGCACCCCUAUUAAAAACUCCUCUGUCGACUGCCCAACAGGCUAGUUACGCGGCCGCUGCAACCUACACAGCUGUUGCUGCUCGAUACGCAAGCGCGGCUCAACCUGUUGCUGGAUAUGCUGCAGUUGCAGGAUAUGGCAGAGAUUAUGCAGAUCCAUAUUUGGGGCAUGGCAUUGGACCCAUGGCAGGAUAUGGGGCAGCAGUAUACCGUAGCAGCUAUAACCGUUUCGCCCCAUAUUAACAUAUCUGCAGCUCCCUGACGUCUCAGUAAUACUCAAAUUUUGUCUUGUGUAUGCAGCGCACUGCAAAUGCACAAAACAAUACAAAGAACAAGAAAUAUUCAAAGGGCUGUCCCAACUCACUAAUGUUAUUUGUGAUAGCCUGAAUGAACCAGCUCUCUUAUAGGAAUCUAAGACUUUGUAUGUGACCUGUUUCCAUUCACUUAUACUCAUUUUGAAUUAUGAUCAUGUAUAAGAAAAAGUGAAAUAUUCAUAUUAAUAUUGUGUGAUAUGAUUCUUCAGUGAUUAGAGAAUGGUUUACUCUUAUAAAAGCAAAUUUCUGCAAGAUUUAGAUAGCAAAGGAACAUUUGCUAAAUAUUUCGUAUUCCUUCAAAGAUGUUCACCGCUGUUUACUGUCAUUUCCUUCUUCAAAUUCAUUAGGAACUUCAAGAUAUAACAUAGUUCCUGAAAAUAAAAUCAAAUACUUCUAAUUCAAUUUGUUUAUAGUGAAUUUUUCUCCGAUUCAUGUCUAAGCAAAUUCUUGGCCAAUUUCAUGCUUUGGUCAAUUUUUUCAAUCUCUAAGUUCAUAUAUCACAGAAACCAACCAAAUCUGAAUAACUACAAAUGAAGAAUAUGUUUGCAAUAUUGUUCUCAAAUCACAUGAAGUAUAUGUACAUAUUGAAGAAAUAAUUCGAACAAAUAUUAUGUUUUAUAUCAUUCAUAUUCUUAAGUUUUAUUAUCGCCUACAAAAAUAUUUCUAAUGAAAAUAUUAGUUAUACAUCAAAUUUGCACAGAAAUCAAUACACAAAAAAUUAUUGAUAGAAAUGGAAUAUUGUAAUGAAACAUUAAUUCUUCAUUUCAUCUCUAACAAAAGUACUCAAAACGCAUAAUUAGAUUGUGAAUCAUGAUAUUAUAAUAUAAAUGAUGAUAUUGUAGAAAUUUUAUUUUAUUUACAAGAAUCGAUAUAUUUAUAUAGGCUUAACCAUGACAUGAUUCUCUAUUCAUAAAUAAUCAAUACCAAAUUAAAAAACUUUAAGUGAUAUUAGUGUUGGAGUGUAUGUUAUUGAUAUUGUUAUUAUUUUUGUUGAACAAUUUUCAUGAACUUUAGUUUGGUGUCUAGAGGAUACUCAAAAAUAUCGAUAUUAUCUUGAACUUGAUGUAGGGAUUACUAUGAAAAUUUCAUACCUAAUUCUCAUGAACAAUUGUUCUACUGGUUGAUAUGGCAGCAGGAUAUGUUAAAUAACUUGGAAUUUGUUAGUAGUUCAAUUAAACACACUCAAUGUGUGCAAGUAAUAUUUUCACCAAAGGUUGUGCUUAUAAUAUUUUAAUAAGACUGUAUCAAAUAUUUGGUAGUUUUUAGAUGACUAGUGAUUUUGAAUUAUAAUUUAUAAAUAAUUCAUCAUGAAAUUGAAUUUCGCUUCGAAACCUAGGUUUUGAAAAUAUUCAAGUACAUAUCACAGAAACUGUAAUAUGAGUGUGUAGUUUUGUUGUAUAAAAAACACAUAUAUAGAACAAAAAUUUAGUUAAUUUAUUUCCCCAUCAUGAAAUACUUUUGAUUGAUCUGACAGAUACCUUGAAUAAUUUCACAUGAUACACUCAGGUAUAUUACGUACUUUAUUUCAGAAAUAUGCCAAAUAUUUCGAUUUUUAUUUCAGAAAUUUAAUCUGGUCAUGUAAACUGACAAAUGAGAUAGAUUUCAUAUGUAAAAAAGUUUUUAUAAUGAAGAGUGUAUAAGUGUAAUGGAAACCAUUUGUUUUUCUUCUAGUUUAGUUGGUAAUGUAUAUUUUGAUACUCUCUUCGUUUUCGGAGGACAUUUUAUGGUCUGUAGAACAUAUCGCUGAUUUUUUUUUUUUGAUUUUCAAUGUACAGCAACAGUUCUGACCUGGCUCAAUUAUAUGUUCUCUCGAAAUACUAAUGAAUCAGUUUUUUUUUACAACUUAAUUGUAUAUUAAUGCAAACAAUGUAUACCAAUUAUUUUACAUUAUGAGCAUAUACUUUUGCAUCUAUUAUAAUUAUAUUUGUAUCUUGUAUAUAUGAUUCAUAAAAUUCGCAUAAUUCCCUUGACAAUAGUUAUCAUUACAUAUACUAUACAUCUUUUUCAGUAAUACUUAUGACAAGGAAUGCACAAAUAAAUGCUGUACAUUUUA